CCUCAUUCUCUAGUCUCUGCACUAGCGUAAGCAAGAUAUAGCCAACUAUAUAAGCCUGCGUAAGCCCCCUGUGUUCUACCUCAGCAAUUGCCUCUCUUCGCUUACCCCUCCUCUAUACUUCCUCGCCAAGAACCCCAUCCAUCACAAUGGAACAAUUGUAUGAGAAAUACCCCUCUCUUCGCAAGUUUGAGAACGAUGACUACCAGGAAUCUCAUGAUGGCCGUGAGGUCGCCUUACUAAAGCACAUCUACUCCCACCCCUCCUUGCCUCAGAUCCGUGACUCGCCGUCGACCCUGCUUGACCUCAUGGACGAAUACGCUGCCAAACAAGACUUCCUCAUCAGCAUUGGCCCCGACAAGGCCGAGAAAAUUGCAAAGCUCGUGGCCGAUGAAAAGUCCAAGGUCAUCGUCGAGCUUGGUGGCUAUCUCGGCUACUCUGCCAUCUUGUUCGCCGACGCCAUGCGGCAAGCGGCCAGCGGAACUUCGACGGAGCUCCGCGUGUGGAGUUUUGAGGCGGAUCCUCUCAUUGCAUCGAUUGCCAUGAACUUUAUUGACCUGGUGGGACUGAGUGACAUCGUUAAGGUUGUUGUUGGCCCCGCCGCCGAUUCGCUCAAGCGCCUGAGUGCGGAGGGCAAGCUCCCCAAGGUCGAUCUUCUAUUUCUCGAUCAUGUGGAGGACCUCUAUAAGACCGAUUUGGAGGUGGCGGAGCAGCUUGGCUUCCUUCACUCCGGUGCUCUGGUUCUGGCGGAUAAUGUGGUGCGUCCUGGUGCACCGGCUUAUCGGGAGUAUGUCCGUGGGAGCCCGAAGUAUGAGAGCUGGGGCUUGAAGAGUCUUAUUAUUCCCGGAGAGGCAGAGGACGAGAUCGAGGUCAGCAGAGUCAAAUAAAGAACGAUCAGUCUUCCGUGGCUUACGGAGAUAUAUUGCGCUAUGGCUUUAUCUGGGGGUUGGACAUACUGCUGCGUCUGUGCUUUCUUCAGACUGUUUAGGAAGUGACAUACUGCCAAAUUGUGAUUCAUGGAAUGAG